UAACAACAACAGAAUAAUAUAGUUCUUACGGAAGAACAACAACAACAAAGUAAAAAGCAACUGAAACAUCAACAAAAGUUGAAGAAUUCCAUUGAACUCGAAGGAAACAAAAAACAACCUAAAAUGUCUGAGUCGCGUCGCCAGUCGGUGAGCUUAACGGCUAUGCCGCCGGGCGUUUUGGCCAACGAUAGCCGGGCCAAUUCCACCGAUGACAUCCAGAUCGCCCUCGCCCCCCACAUCCAGACCUACCUGAGCCAAACGGGACGGCGGCACUCCUGCUGCAGCGUUAUGCUGCCGGUGGCCUUUGAACGGGCGGCGGCCAAGUCCUGGCUGGAUCCCAAGUUCGAUUCGCCCGUCCUGGAGGAGCAGUACCAGACCAGUGUCUAUCCUCAUGUCCGCAUGCGUUACAGAUUCACUUUGUCUUACAUUUUACUCUGCUCCCUGAUGUGGUGUUUGUAUUUUGUGGUGGACGGCGGAUCGGAGGACUUCUGGCGGCCCAUUUCCAGCUCCUUCUCGAUGCUCUCCCUGGUGACGAUCAUGGCGCUGUGCUUCACCCACUGGGACCUGUACCGGGAGCACCGGACAGUGACCUCGGCGGUGACGGCGCUGCUGCUGUGUGGCGCCUCCCUGGCCUUCCUCACGUACACGGGCCGGGCGUUUAGUCCCCUGGGCCACUUUGCCAUCUGCCUGGAGAUCGUGCUGCUGAUCUACACGGCCCUGCCGAUGCCCCUGUGGCUGGGCGCCAGCAUCGCCAUCAGCUAUUCCAUCGCCUUUGAAAUGGUCUCCCACAUGGUGAUUGGAUGCAGUGCCAUCCAUGGCGGAGGAGCGACAGAAGGCGUGACGGGAUCGGUCACCACCAAUGGGGAUCCCAGCAACAAGAUCCUGAUACUCCGGAUCAUGGCCCAUCUGAGUGUCCACCUGGUGGGUGUGCACAUCCUGGUGAUGAAUCUGGUGCGGAUGCGAGGGACCUUCAUGAAGGUCGGCCAGAAUCUGCUCGUGCGCCGCCAGCUGGAGAUGGAGAAGCAGCUGAAGGAGAAGAUGAUACACUCGGUGAUGCCCCCCAAAGUGGCUGACAUGCUGCUGAACGAGGGAGGGACCUCCGGCCUGGAUGCCACCGGACUGCCGCCCGAAUCCCACUACAUGCGUCCACGGGCCUCCAACGAUGUCAAGUCCCUGUUCCGGCCCUUCCACAUGCACAGCAUGGAGAAUGUCAGCAUCCUGUUUGCGGACAUUGUCGGCUUCACCCGCAUGUCCUCCACGAAAACCGCCGAGCAGCUGGUGGAGAUCCUCAACGAUCUCUUCGAGCGCUUCGACGAUCUCUGCUCGCUGAGUGGCUGCGAGAAGAUCUCCACUCUGGGGGAUUGCUAUUACUGCGUCUCCGGCUGUCCCGAGCCCCGGGCGGAUCAUGCCAUCUGCUGCGUGGAGAUGGGUCUGGGCAUGAUCGAUGCGAUGCGGUGUUUCGACGCCCAGAGACACGAGGGCGUCAAGAUGCGGGUGGGCGUUCACACGGGCACGGUCCUGUGCGGCAUCGUGGGCACCCGGCGGGUCAAGUUCGAUGUCUGGAGCAAUGACGUUAGUCUGGCCAACAAAAUGGAGUCCUCUGGCAAGCCUGAGCAAGUCCACAUUUCCCAGGAGACCUCCAGCUUUCUGGGAGAUGCCUACUAUCUGGAGGAGGGCGAGGAAGUCUUUGGACAUCGUACCUACUUUGUGGUGGGUCGUCGUCGGGACUUCUCCCGCACCAACAGCCUGAGUCCCAGCAUGCCGCCGAAUCCGGGCGGCAGCUCCCUGCUCCUGCCCGGCGUCCAUGCCAGCUUGUCGCAGAGCGCCACCAAUGUCUCGGUGGUGCAGCCCCACGUCCCGCCAGCCUCGCCGGUGGGCCAGCUCUCCAGUUCGCUGAAUCCAUCCCCAGUGCUGUCCAUGCGUCCCCGGCUCACCUCGCUCAGCAUGAAGCUGCGCAAGAAGUCCCAGAGUCGGGAGCGGGAACGGGACGUGGAGCGGGGCAUCAUCCAUCCGGCGGCGGCGGGAGUUCCGCCAGUGAUUGUGGUGCGAGAGCGGCCAAAGAUCAUCAUCACCACCAAGUCCCUGCCCGGCAGCCUGGACUCGGACGAGCAACCGCCCAGUAGUCCGCCCAUCAAGGCACCUCCCCCCGCUCCCCAGCCGCCGGCCGAGUCGCGUCCAAAGAUCCGCUUGAAGAUCUGGAAUCGAGUUCCGAAAUUUCUGAAACGCCGCAACAGCUCCUACGAUUCGGAGGAGAACAAGGAGAAGGCCAACGGCCAGGACGCGGAAAAGGACAAGGACCGGGAGAGGGAGAAGGAGAGAGAGCGGGAGGAUCAAUCCCUGAAUCCGGAGGAGACCCUGUCCUUUAUGGAGAACCAGAUGCAGAACGGCAACGGCUGUGGCUACCAGCAGCUGCCGGUCCUGGUCGAGGCCACCAGUAAUCGCGUCCAGACCCUGGACAUCCCGCCGGCCCGGCCAGUGCUCCAUCAUGCCGCCACCUCGACGGCCCUUGCCAGCAGUGUCCUGCGAUCCCCGGAGCCGGGCACUGGCGGAUGUUGCUCGCCGGGUCAGUAUUCCAUGUACGACGACAUCAUCGACGUCCGGUCCUACAUAAGUCAGUCGAGGAGCGACAUCUCGCCCUUCGGCAGAUCCGGCAGCUAUCGAUCCCAGUGCGGCAGGCAGUCCAUGGGCGGAGGAGGACCUCUGGUCGGAGCACCAUCUGGAGCAGCCCCGGGCGUAUCCACGCAGGUAACACCCUCAUCCUGCGUGGAGCAAUCCCCGCUGCCACGUCCCCGGGCCUCGACUCUGGCUACUGGCCGACCCGGAGCCAGUUUGGAGCCGGGAACAUCACAGAAUCCCAGUCCCAGUUGCCUGCCGGCCCCGGGGGGGUCCGGAGUGCCCGGCCUGUCCGGCUUCGGGGGCAUGUUUCCGCCCAGCCACUCGCGGCAGAGCAGCAUCUGCCCGUCGGCCACCUCACGGAAGGAUUCGGGCAUCAAGAGCAACUCCCGCCGGUCGUCCAUCCAGCAGCAGAUCUACGUCCUCAACCAGUCGGCGAUUAGCCAGCACAGGGUGUCCGGAUACUUUACCAGCUCCACCUCCAGCAUCUCGAAUUUGGGCGAGGCCCAGGGCAUGGGCCUGCCCCCGGCAGGACCCGCACCGCCGCCGCCGCUCCUGAUGAACGCCUGCUCCUCGCAGCUGGCCGAUCCCCUGGCGGCCUGCCUGCAGCAGUUGCGGAAGCAAUCGGACUUGCAGCUGAUCCGAUGCGUUCGCGACAAUGCCAGGUCCCAGAGGAGCUACCUGGUGAAGCCGCCGCUGCGGGGCUUCAGCCUGUAUUUCAAGUCGCGCCAGCUGGAGAGGGACUUCCGGUCGAAGGCCCACCGCUUCGGGGCCGAGAACGAAACGGAAGGACCGCCCACCCUGGCCACGCCGCGGUACAACACCUACAUCGACAUCUUUGUGGGCAUCGCCGUCUACCUGUGCAUCUCGAUAUCCCUGUUCCUGAUGACCCAGAACACGGUGAGCCCCAGCUUCCGGCUGUGGGUGACGCUCUUCACCUGCUUCACGGGCAUCCAGGUGUUCGCCCUGUUCCUCUUCACCCGCCAGAUGUGCCGGCGGCAGAGCGGCUCCAGUGCCGGCGCCAGUGCCAACCAUCGAUUCCGCUCCAAGUCCACCACCAGCGAGGAUGUGGAGGGCAGACGCCACACCGACGACAGAGGGGAGACGCCGGCACCGCAGCAGUUCGAGUCCUGCGCCGAUCGCAUCUUCGAGGCCAUUUCCAGCUGGUAUCCCUGGCACAUUUGCCUGGCCAUCCUGAUGGCGAUGCCCGUCCUGCUGAUCAUCGCCAACUUCCUGCUCCUGGACCUGGAGCAGCUGGAGGCGUUCGAGUACCACUACGGCUUCCUGAUCUUCGUCUGCAUCGUCCACUUCUGCAACUUUACGCAGCUGAACUGCUGGGUGCGGAACGUCCUGGCCUUCCUGGCGGCCCUCUGCUUCAUCGCCAUCGCCAUGUCCCAGCUGAUGGUGUACGACAGUCGGGUGGAGGACCAGCAGGACGAUCGGGGGGCCAACUUCAUUGAGGAGAUCAAGUGGUUCCAGGACUACCACGUCGAGAUCUAUCUGGACCUGCUGCUCAUCCUGGUGCUGGUCUGGUUCCUCAACCGGGAAUUCGAAAUCGGUUAUCGGCUGACCUUCUACGGCAAUGCCGUCGCCAACCAGGACAAGGUCCGGGUCCAGAACAUGAAGAACCAGGCGGACAUGCUGCUCCACAACAUCAUACCCAAGCACGUGGCGGAGCACCUGAAGAACACGGCCAAGUACUCGGAGAACCAUCACAACAUCGCCAUCAUAUUCGCAUCGAUUGUCAACUUCAACGAGAUGUACGACGAGAGCUAUCUCGGUGGCAAGGAGUUCCUCCGGGUCCUCAACGAGCUGAUCGGCGACUUCGAUGAGCUCCUCUCCCGUCCAGAGUUCCGGGCGGUGGAGAAGAUCAAGACGAUCGGUUCCACCUUCAUGGCGGCCAGUGGAUUGGAUCCCUCGCAUCGGGGCACUGGCGACGAGCACAUCCACACCCUGAUGGAGUUCUCCAUUGCCAUGCAGGAGGUGGUGGAUGCCUUCAACAAGGACCUGCUCGAGUUCAACCUGAUCCUCCGGAUCGGCAUGAAUAUCGGCGAUGUCACAGCCGGGGUAAUUGGGACCAGUAAGCUGUACUACGACAUUUGGGGCGAUGCCGUGAAUGUGGCCUCCCGAAUGGACUCCACGGGCCUCCCGAAUCGCAUCCAGGUGGGCAAGGACUGCCUGCCGUUCCUGCAGAGUCGCUACGACUUUGAGCCAAGGGGCAGUGUCUAUGUGAAGGGUAAGGAUCACAUGGAGGUGUUCCUCUACACAGGACGACGGGAGAAGUUGAUCGAGGAGGUGGAGAUCCCAGAUAAAGGAGGAUCUGAAGCAUCGAUGGGAGAUCUAGAUAACCCAGAGGAGGAGGUAGAGGACGAGGAGGAGGAGGAAGAGGAGGAGGAGGAGGAGGAUGACCUGCACUCCAGCGAGACCACCACCCUCUUCAAAUCCCAGGAAUCACUGCACGCCAAUGGGGUUUCCCUUUCCCAUCAGAAUCCAAAUCAGAAUCCGAAUCCAAAUCCGAAUCAGAAUCCAGCCAUGCCAGUGGAAACUUAAGGAGGGGGGGAAAACCACUUGAAAAAUGGUUUCAAAAUUGCAUUUAAUGACUCUUCUUAACCCUGACAUGAAACCCAAAGGAUAACGCAAGGAUAUACAACUGGGGGGCUGGGGGGCACGAGGUUGGUUUGAAAAACAAAUGGAAAUUGAAAAGAAAACGUGGAAAACCAACCGUGUUAUUUGUGAUAUAAAUGAAUAUGUUGAAUAGAUAGAAACGAUAGAAACGAUAGAAUCGAUAGAAUCGGGUUAAAGUUGCUAGUGAUUGGUAGAUUGAUAGAUUAAUUGAUUGAUUGAUUGAUAGAUUGAUUGAUUGUUGUUUGCAAGAGAACGAUACCUAUUGAAUAUCCAAUACUUUUACACAUACAAUUACCAGUCUUAACCAGUAAUUAAAAAAAAACCAAUUAUUGCCCUAAAAUAUUUGUAAAUGUUUUCCCAAUUUUUUUUUAAACUUUAAACUAAUGAAAAUGUGUGGCUUUAAAAGUGUAUGUGGAAGGAUAUUAGCGAAUUAUAUAUAUUUAUAUAUAUAUGUUCUCUAAAUAUAGUAUGUAUGUAGAUUCAAUGUAACAUAAUAGCAUUAACCACCACAACUAAACUAAUAUAAUUAAUUAAUAUAUAUAUAAAAUAUAUAUAAUAUAAAUUAAUAUAUUUUUUUUUGAGCCAACGAACGGAUAUUACCUGAAUGUAUUUUGCUGUUAUUCAUGUUGAUCAAGUCGUAUGUGUAUAUAUCCAUCUAUAUAUAUGUAAUGUUAAUGUAUUUAGCUAAAGUUCAAAGUUCGCAGAUAUCCAACAAAAAAUCUGCUGCCAUAGAAAAAUCUAUAUAUGAUAUAUGUACGUUUAUGAUUCGGUAUUUGUAGGCCAAAAUAAGCUUUAUAUGUUCUACCCCCCCGAAAUUAUAGCAAAUUAUUGUUUUUUUUUUUAAUUAAUUUUCCUUUUUGAAAAACAAACUGCUGACCUAAAAUAAAUAUAUAUAUAUUUAAAAUAUUUAUAGUCUACUAAGGAUUUAAAUCCUUCAAAUCAAAUAAUCCGACUUGAAAAUGGGUAUUUUCUACACGACGUUGUUUUUUACAUGGAUUUUACCCUAAAAGUAUGCACCAAAAUGCUUGCCAUACUCACACAAACAAACAAGAGACAACUAACACUUACACGCACAGACCCACCAACAAAAAAUCAAAAUAAAAGAAGCUUUCACUCUCGCACACACACAUACAUGCAUACACUGAGAGAAUCAUUUUGUAAGUCUUUUUUUUUUUUUAAUUGUAUACAACAAGAAAAACAACAACCACACCUUUGUGCAAUAAGCAAACUUUGCCACUUUCUAGCGUUUAAAUAUUUAAGAACUCUAACAAUUCGCUAUGAAAUAAAAUCAAUGGAAAAAUCAGUGGAAUAUAUAGAUAUAUACCACACAUGCAUAUAUGCUGUAAAUGUAUAUGUGUAUUAAUGUGUAUGUGUGUAACGCAAC